CAGAGUGAUCAGUUAAAGGAGGAUUCGAAAUAUCUACCUUCUGUGGAUGAUUUUGGUUCACCCAUACGUUGGGUUAUGUUUAAUUCGAAUGAAACCGAAGACGGCCUAGCGAAAGUAACGGAUCCUCGAACAGGCAACAAUCGUGAAGUGAAAAUUCAGGGCACUAUAUAUGUACCAAUCAUCGAUUACAACCUCGAGAGGAUCGGCAUGACAACUCGUAAAACUACAGCCAAGCCUCAGAUGCCGGCAGAAGAGCAAGCGGCAUACAGAGUGUUGACACAUAACGUGGACUUAAACAAGAUGGGUGAGCGCGACUGGCUCGCCAUCGAGGUGGCGAUGGGCGGGCGGGAUGACCCCGAUACGUGUCAAAAAGAAGGGUGCCAAUCAAGAUGUUCUAAGAUGGCGUGUGAUAGCAUGUGCUCCGGAGACACCUGUGCUUCUGGAUGUCUUGGAAACUCCUGUACUGCCUUCUGCAAAGGGCCUGGAUGUAUGGCAAUGUGCAUUGGUGAAGAAUGUAAUGCUGUUUGUCAAGGUGUUGCAUGUGAUACAAGGUGCCGCGGCAAAGGGUGCGAAGCGAAGUGCAAUAAGCUGUCAUGUAGUGCCACGAUAAACGGAGCGAUUCAGAAAUACACUGGUGGAACUUUCGAAGACCAAUACCCAGGAUUGUAA